GGCCGCUUCGCUGCAGUGGAGAAGUCAGGGGUUGUUCUCCUUUCCGGCGGUGAAGUUUGCUCGGCAAAAUACGUGCAAUUGAAGAACAGGCAGGUGCAAUGUUUGGACUGCGAAGCAACACAUAUGCUCCUUCUCUCCUCUGACGGGAAGCUUUCCGAGCACCGGGCUACGGCUUCAGCUAACCACUUUGAGACAAGGCUGCUGAAAGAAUUAGGAAACCGACAUAUUGUCCAAAUAGCCUGUGGGGACCAUCACUCCAUGGCGCUGUCCAGAGAAGGUGAGCUCUUCGCCUGGGGCCAAAAUACCCACGGACAGCUUGGAGUGGGAGCACAAGUCGCACACACCCCCGAACCGCAGCUCGUGGAGGGGCUAAAGGGCAUCGCACUCGCUCAGAUCGCAGCUGGAGGAGCUCACAGCCUCGCGGUGUCACUCUCUGGAGCUGUGUACUCCUGGGGAAAGAACGAUUUUGGACAGCUGGGACUUGGACAUACAGAAGACAGGGACCGCCCAUCUUAUAUUAGAGCAUUAGAGCACUGGAAGACUGUAUUUAUCUCAUGUGGGGCAGAUCACACUGCAGUUCUCUCCAAGGACGGGGUGGUGUGCACCUUUGGAGCGGGAGAGGCUGGCCAGCUUGGUCACAACUCCACUCGCAACGAACGAACCCCUCGCGUGGUGGCCGAGCUGUGGGGAGCAAGAGUGUCACAGGUUGCCUGUGGAAGACGGCACACCCUAGUCUAUGUCCCCUCCUUGGGCAAAGUCUACUCAUUUGGUUCUGGUGAGGAAGGACAGCUGGGAAAUGAGGGAAAGUCUAAUCAGCUGAUACCACUUCCCAUCAAUUUACCUGUGGAUAACAGAGAACAUAAUCAGGGAAAAAGCACAUCCGAAAAGGAGAUUAAAAUUAUUGCAGGAGGAAACCGAAGUAUUGUUCUGCUGUUGAAGAAAAGAAAUUCCUAUCUUAAUUUGAAUGGAAUUGCCACUCUGAAGGAUGCAUGGAUUUCUGAUUCCUAUUCACCAAAGUGGGAGGACACAAGAAAGAAUAUUAGACUGAUCUUUUCAUCUGAGGCAUGCAUCAAUGGAAGCUUCUUGGAAAAAAGAGACAAACAUUUCAGAACUUCCAAAGAAAUCUCAGGUGUAGACAUGUCAGAAGUGCUAAGUUUUUAUGAGAAGAUCAGCUGCAAGCCAAAAUUGUUCCAAGAGGUGAAACAGGAAAUUAAGAAGUUACUGUCAUCAGUGACUUUCUCUCCCAUCUCACCUGAAAAUUUCAGAAUCUACUUGAUCUUACCUUUCCUUUUGCGGGGAGAGGAUGACAUCUCUUAUCAUUCUCUUAAUCUGCUAGCACAAGCCAUCCUGAGACUCCAGCCAAAGGACCUGCAAACUCUUGAAUCCCUAUGGUCAAAUCUAGAAGUGUUAUUUUUCAAAGAGAUGGUCAGCAUAUAUCAGAGGGCUUCCCGGAACAACCUGUCUCAAUUUAUCUGGGAAGUGCUAUAUUGCCAAAGAGACUUCUUUGUACUGCACUGCCACGAAACAGUGACUCUGCAACUAUUACAGAUUCUUUCCCAGGUGAACUCCAGGGCUGGUUUCAGAAUACACAAAAACAACUUUUAUAUACCUGAAGUGAAAGAGAUUAUCAAACUGAGUUUCUGCGUGAACACGGACGUGGAAAAAAUCGCUCUAUGGAAGCUGACCAAAUACCCAAGCAUCUUUGACAUGCAAGAUAAGACUGCAGUUCAUGAUAUAGAACGCAAUGCUCUAUCCACACGCUGCUUGGCUACUGCUAUAAACUUUCCACUGAUAGUACAGGAACCAUGGAUUUUUCUGGUAAGAAGACAACACCUUCUGCAUGACAUAUGGGACAUUUUAAAUAACGCAGUACCUGAGCAAUUCAAGAACAUCUUAAAAGUAAGAAAUCAAACUGUUUUAUUUUGUUAUUUAUUUUACAUUUUUCCAACAGCAAGACAAAUGCAUUUCAAUACGCUCAUCAGUUCAAGACAUAUAAAUGAACCCACUGCUGAUAACUCAGGUCCAGAGGUGGAAGAACACAUAAACCGGUAUGGUGACGGGGAGGAGGAGGCUGUAGAAACACAGGCUGCUCGUGCUGGUGCAGCCCUGUGGGAAGGUCUCGUCCACGCUGGCCGACCGGCACCCUCCCGCCACUUCGCCUCCCCCCUCCUCUGGUUCCCCAGGCAGGAGUCCGGCCAUGGUAACACCUUUUUCCUGAUCGGGACCCUGUUCGGAAUGGCCCUGUAUAACAAGUGCAUAGCUCCCUUUCCCUUCCCUCAAGCGCUCUACAAAAAGAUGCUCCGGGUCGCGCCCACGCUGGAAGACUUGAAGGAGCUGAUGCCUUCAGAAGGCAGGAGUCUUCAGAAAAUUCUGGAUGAAGAACAUGAUGAUAUCCUUGAGAGCCUGGAGAUGGACUUCACGAUAAUGGAAGAAGAAGGAAGCUCCGUGGUUGCCAUUGAACUUAAAAAAAAUGGUACCGACGUUCCUGUAACUAAGCAUAACAGAAAGGAAUUUGUUGACUUGUAUGUGAAUUAUGUCUUCAACGAAUCAAUAAAGAAGUCAUUUGAGGACUUUAUGCGAGGGUUUUCAAGAGGCUGCCCAGCUAAAAGGUGGAAGAUGUUUCUCCCUGUAGAGCUCCAGACUGUUUUCCAGGGACAAAAAAAAUAUGACUGGCAUCUGCUGGAAAAGAAUGUGAAGUACAUAAAUUAUAAAAAGUCAGAUCAAACCAUCAAGAAUUUUUGGACUGUGUUUCACAAACUCCCAGAAGAAAAAAAGAAAACGUUUCUUGCUUUUUUGUCAGGAUCUGAUCGAAUCCCUGUAAAUGGACUGGAAUCUUCAAUAUUUGCUAUUGCUGAUCCUAAAGAGGAUAAUCCGGAUACACGCUAUCCUGUUGUCAAUACCUGCAGCCACAUUUUGUUCCUCCCCAGAUACAGCUGUGAAAGAAUACUCAAGGAAAAGCUCCUCUCUGCCAUAGAGCAUUAUGAGAAUUUUGGCUUGCCCUAACUUUUGGUCAGGAGCACUUUGAAGCAAAAAUAAGAAGCAGAAAAUUCAGUCUUUGUCUCACCUCUCAUAUUUGUUUCUUAGUACCUUUGAUGUGCUCGUUUCUCCUCAUAUCCUCCCUUACUUUUACUGCACUUUGGAAUCUAAACAUGUCUGUGCGUUCCUGAGAUUGUAUAUUUAUUAUAAAAAUGAGCUUCCAUCAGAGGCCUGAUUGUUAGAUAAUUAAAGUUAGGAAAGAAGAAUCCUAUUUAACAUGCUUUCAUGAACCAAGCUGGUAACCAGCUAUGUUUACAUAUAUGUCCAUCCUCUCUGCACUGUACUGAUAUUGAUUAGUUGGUGACCUUUCAGCAGCCUGAGAUUUUGUGAUUUCUACAUCACCAAUCACACUGUCAGUGUAUGCUAACCAGUAAUAGUUGCAAGAGGAAGGCAGGAUAAAGUUUUCAUGCGUAUUAGUGAUGGAGUCUCUUGGGGAGCUCUUAAUUCUAAGGAGACCUGUUCCUGAAUACUGUGAAUUGAUUGAGCAGUCAUUACUCACCUGUAUAUUGCCUCUGACUUACCUGAGAGAAGUUAUCCGGAUGAGGAUUUGAGUGUUCCUUGACUCGGUCAAAAACCUCAUUUUUAAAGCAUUAAUGGACUUUUUAUUAUGUAGUGUGAUAGGACUGUGGAAUUUGUCAUGUUUUCUUCCUAUCUUCUAUGUAGAUGGUUUGCAAUAAAAUAUUAGGCCUGCAGAACAACACAGUGUCUACACAGAGCCCUAUGAACAUGAGGCAGGACUGCUGGAAGCUCAUUGCCAGAACAGUGCCUGACACUAGCAGCACAGAGUCAAUGUCCAGUAGGGUGUAAAGGCUACAAAUGUAUAUUUUUUCCUUCAUGUAAAAAAAUAGAUUUUUUUGUUCUGUUGGGGAUAACAGUAAUGAUUUUCCAGCCAUCCUCUCAUUUCUUUGCUGUGUUAAAUGUGUCAAUGGACACACCUAUGUAAAGAAUAAUUUUACUAUGUUUG